AUGGCGCAAGCAUUUGUGAAGGAAAAUCUAGCGCCGGAAGAGUUAUCACCAAAUCAAUUAUUAAUUGGAUCAAAUGAUAAGAAAAAUAAAGAAAAUAUAACAAUCAUUUGGUUUGAUCUACGCAUUGGAUCCGAUGAAGAUACUGAAACAGUGGAAGAACGAAUUCGUUCCAUCAAUGAUUUUGUCAUUUUCAUCACUGAUCUUGAUGAAUGCGUUAAAUAUAUUAAGUCGGUCGAAAAAGAAAAAAUCUUUUUAAUUACAUCAGAAGCGAAAACGACAGAAAUUUUAGCUCAAAUUUCAUCACUUCCUCAAAUUGAUUCUGUUUUUAUUUUUGGUAGAAAAACAGAUCAAUACGAACAAUUAUUAAGCAAAUGUUCAAAAAUCACUGGAAUCUAUGCUCAAAUUGACGAUUUAUGGCAAUCAAUCAAAGAACAAGUUAAUUUUGUCAAUAGACAAAUUCAAGCAUUUUCGUUUUUUGAUCGACGUGAAAAAUCAACAAAAGAUUUAUCAAAAGAAUCAUCAGAAUUUCUUUGGUUUCAACUUUUUCACUACGCUGUCACACGUAUGCCACGGAACCAACGAGCAAAAGAAGAAAUGGUUCACAUAUGUAAAUAUUAUUAUCGAAGAAAUGAAAAAGAAACCCAAUUUAUUGAAGAAUUCGAAAAAGAAUAUCAACCAAAAGAUGCCAUAUUUUGGUAUACAAAACAGUGCUUUGUUUAUAAAUUAAUUAAUAAAGCAUUGAGAACAGAAGACAUUGGCUUUCUUUAUGUAUUUCGAUUUUAUAUUGGUGAUCUUUUUGAAAGUCUUCGACAAGAACAUGAAAAGAUUUUAUCAUCAGAAGAAAAUAUCCUACAUGUUUAUCGUGGUAUGAAAUUAGACAAAGUAGAAUUUGAAAGACUAAAAGAAAAUCAAGGAAAACUCAUAUCAACAAAUGGAUAUUUAUCCACUAGUAGAAAAAAACCAGUGGCAAUAAAUUUUGCAACGGAACCAACUAAUAGAUUGAAUAUCGUAUGUGUUCUUUUUCAUAUUCAAUGCGAUGUUAAAGAAAUCGAUAAAAGUAUUGUAUUUGCUGAUAUUGCUGAAUAUAGUGAAUUCCCAAAAGAAGCGGAAGUCUUAUUUGAUCUGAAUGCUUGCUUUCUUAUUGAAUCCAUUACAGAACACGAUUCGUUACAAAUCAUUAAAAUGAAACUUUCAAAUGAAGGACAAAAGAUUACGAAACAUUAUCUUGAAAUGGUACAAAAGCAAGCAGAAAAACUCAGUGUUUCGAUUUUAUUUGGAAGAUUGUUAUUGAAUUUAGGGAAAUAUAAUAACUCAUUAAGAUAUUUCGAACAGUUAUUGAAGGAUUCUCAAGAUGAAGAUCGUGCUUGGCUUGAAUUUUAUAUUGGCCGAGCGUAUCAAGGCAAAGGUGAAUUGGACAAAGCUCGACAAUAUUAUGAACUUGCAUACAAUCUAAUGAAAAAAAGUGAUCCACCACGAAUAUUAGACUGUAGUGAUCCUCUCAGUAAGAUUGGCGAUAUUCUUCACGAACGGAAAGACCUCGAUGAAGCUCUCAAAUAUUAUCAACGGGCACUGGAGAUUCGAGAGAAAUUCGAUGCAUCUUGUCUCAUAGAUAUUGCCGCAAAUCUUGGAAAUAUUGGUCUUGUGCUUGACGAAAAACAAAGAAACGAUGAAGCUCUAAAUUAUUAUCAAAGAGCAUUAAAAAUGUACCAGGAAUUCUAUACAUUUGAUCACAAUGAUAUUGCGAAGACUCUCACACGUAUUGGUGGUAUUCUUUAUCGGCAAGUUAAAUACGACGAAGCUCUCGAUUAUUACCAACAAUCAUUGAAAAUUUACGAGAAUCUCUAUCCUUCUGGCCAUAAAAAGAAGGCUGAAAAUCUCAAUUAUAUUGCUGCUAUUUUCUGUCAGAAGAGAAAUUACGAUCAAGCUAUCGAUUAUCAUGAACAAGCAUUGACAUUUUACGCGGAAUUUUAUAAGUGUGAUAAUAUUGAAGUGGCCAGAAAUUUGAAUAAUAUUGGAGCCUGUUAUGAAAAUCAAACUAACCGAAUGAAAGCGCUUGAUUAUUAUCAACGUUCAUUGGCUAUGUAUGAGAAGUUACUUCCCGUUGACCAUCGAAGUCGAAAGUUAGCUGAAAUGAAUAUUCGUAGAGUUACUGAACAAAACUAA